UUGGGGUUUUUUGUUCUGAGACAGAGCUAUCCUGUCCCACUCUGCCCUAGCAUUGUUAGGGUAAAGUGAGGUAAGUUAAUCUUUAUCGACAUCAUUUCUGCUCUGCAACAAAAUAGCGCCCUUUAGGAGAGCUAGAUACAGGUAAAUGUUCCUUCUCAGCUGGAGAAACAGGCCAGAAACAAAAUAGAGAGAGCCUUUAAAUUAUGUUGAUAGGGUGGCAUGAAACCGAGCGUAAGAGAAUUAUGGAGUGAACCUGCUUCCAUAGUGUCACGUUGGUAUGUACCAGAAAAUGGUAGCAUCUUUAAAAUCCCAGUAGAAAUGCAUGGAAUAAGAAAACAGGGAGAGAACUGUUAUUACGGUUUAUCAGGUAUCUUGCUGGACUUUGAUUUUGCCUGGGUACUAGCAACUGGCCCUAGUGAUUUUUUUUUUUUUUAUUGAUGCCACUAGUUUGUCUUUUGAAUUUAGGUGACUGAAGUGGAGUAAAAGAAUCUCUUCUCAUAUGUAAUGGGGCAUGCUUGCCUGGCAGUGGAUUGCAGAAGUUUAGCAAAAGUUAAAAACAAUAUUCCUAGAUUGUAACAGUUUUUCUUUGGUAGUAAAAAAUCUUGUAUUUGUUAUAUUUAGUAUUUAGUAGCCAGUAAAACUCCUUGUCAUCUCUUUGAUACUUCAAACUAAUAUUAAUAUAAAAAUGAACAGUAGCUUCUUCCCUCUGCAGUGGCCAUGUGGAGCUGGCUGCUCUAGUAUUUAUAAUUAGCAGUGUCGUCUGUGAGGCAUAAGUUGUCAAAUAUGUGUGUGGAUGCAUCAGUCUCUGAUCUUACUUAUUUUCACUGACGACUAUUGUCCUGGAGAGGUACAAAAGGUAACGUUAUAGCUUAAUCAACCUACUGACCAUUACACUUAAGUUUCAGAUUAAUAUUUAAAUCUUAUUUCUCAAAGGGAUUCAACAACUUCUAAUGACAGGUUAUGUCUGUUAUUGUUUUUGCAGAAAAACUGCAAAUAGUAAGGUAACUCCCAAUCAGAAAUCCUGCUGUUCAAAAGCUAUAGUUAUAGGAGCACUGAAGACUAUUAAGUUCUACAAAGGUACUGUUCAGAUUCUUGAGAAAUUAUUUAUGUCUGGAUUGAGAGCAAAAAAGUAUCAAAAUAGCACACACGUCUGUGCCAAAAAAGGAUGACUUAGUAGGCUGAAGAGUUUUGUUGACCUUUAAUAGGUCAAACGGUAUUUAUAUGUGUUAUGGGCAAUGUUUAUAAAUAAUACUAGAAUUUCUUCCAUAAUUCUACAAUAAAAAUCAUACAGAAGAAUAUUAGCAUUCCAGAUAGACUUUCCAGUGUAUUAAUCAAAAAUAAUAAUAAUACAUCUGAAAAGUUUGAUCUCUGUGUAUGUUGGAGCACCCUUGGGAACUGAAGAGCAGGUUUUCUUUUUGCAGUAUGAACUGCAAAUGGAAUGUAAAAUAUUCCUAAAAGAUUCCAUUUAUGUGUCUGCUAGGUAGAGCAUUCUGAUUUCGUAGUAUUUCAGACACAUUUUUCACAAAUUCAAGAAGCAAGAUAGUCAAAAUAAAAGGCAGUAGAGAAUCAUUACACACAUGAAUAAAUGGACUAUUUGGGGGAUGCCUGGGUUGAAACAGGGAAGCAAUAAGUGUUGGCUCUGAAAAUCGAUUUCCUCUGGAAUUUUUCUGUGUAACUUUCUGGAGAAAUAUGUAGCAGAUGCCUUAGCCCACAGCAAAAAAUUUAAACGUCCAAAAGGCAAAUGAUAGUUUCUACUGUCUUUACACAAGGAAUCUAGUUUGGUGUUUUACCGAGCAUACCAAAAUAUCCAGGACUGCAAAAAAGUGGCAAUCUGUGUACAUUCAAGUAGAACUCAAAAAUAUUUACUUUUCUCCUUAGGAGGGUACAUUUUGAAAUAACUAGUUGAAUCAUAAGACUUUUACUAAAAACACUUGGGUUUGUAGGCCUUGCUUAUAAAUGCCUCUUAGUAUAGAAGUAGCAGUCUGAUAUAUUUAGCAAACAGUAUGUCAGAUGAUGUUUCUUUGAACUAAAACCAGCUGCCUCCAAUAAAGAGGGGGGAAAAAAAACACAGGCAAGUUCCUGUGGGGCAUUUCACUGGGAGGUAGAGUUGACAUAAUUUAUUUCCUAUACUCAGGAAUAACUCUAUCAAUAGCUUCUGUUGUGAAAUGUUUUUGAUGUCUGACGGUUGGUUUCUAAUACCACAUCACAUGAGCAAGUCAGGUGUAAUCUCAGGCAUCGUCAAUGAGAAAAAAAGACUUGAUUAUGGGGUAGUGGCUGCUUGCUUGAUGAAAAGUGUUCUUGUCAGUAUUCUUCCUGUAGAAGACUCGAUAUGCUAAAAACUAUGCACAAUUAUGUAUGUGUUUUCAGAUACUAACCCAAAGCAGAUAACCAUACCUAACUACUGUGAAUCCCAGGCUAUCAUCCAAAUAAAUAAACAUCUCUUACUUUAAGCCAUAUAAAUGUAGUAAACAAACACAUUGGUAUCGAUAAAGAUUAACUUACCUCACUUUACCCUAACAAUGCUAUGGCAGAGUGGAACAGGAUAGCUCUGUCUCAGAACAAAAAACCCCAAAGUGAAUGAUAGUCUGCUUUGUUAACAGCCUGUGAAGGACCGUCGAGUGUUGCCAAAUUUAAGUGAAACUGGGGGAAAGGUAAUUCCAGCAGGAGGAGAUCACGACCACUGACUGCAAGACCCCCCUGCUCAAGAAAUCCGCCGACCCAAAAGGUUGAGGAAGCAAAGAUGACAGUCAUGUCCCAUUCAAAGGAUCUCAAGGACGACUUCCACAGUGACACUGUACUUUCUAUUCUAAAUGAACAGCGCAUUCGGGGUAUUUUAUGUGAUGUCACCAUAAUUGUGGAGGAUACAAAAUUUAAAGCCCAUAGUAAUGUGCUGGCAGCUUCAAGCCUUUACUUUAAAAACAUUUUUUGGAGCCGUACUAUCUGUAUUUCAGGUCAUGUACUGGAGUUAGAUGAUCUCAAAGCUGAAGUAUUUACAGAAAUACUGAAUUACAUCUACAGUUCCACAGUAGUUGUUAAGAGGCAGGAGACUGUAACGGACCUUGCAGCUGCAGGGAAAAAACUGGGCAUAUCAUUUCUAGAAGAUCUUACAGAUAUUAAUUUUUCAAGUUCCCCCUGCCCCUAUGCAUACUGUAUCAAUGAAAAAGGGUCUGUAAAAGAGGAAAAACAUGAAAAGAGACAUGAAGACUCUGCUGUGACAAACGGACCACGAAUUACAAAUGCAUUCUCAAUUUUUGAAACUGAAAACACUUUGUUUUCUCCUCUUGAUUUGAGGGCAAGCUUUAAAAAGGUAUCUGAGGCAAUACAAGCACCCAUCAGCCUCGACAGAAGUGAAGUCUGCAAAGAUGCUGAGCCAGCCAGUACUCUGGCCGAACAUUCCUAUGCAGUUUCUUCUGGGGGAGAUACUUUUCAAGGAACACCUUUUCUUGAACAGGACAGCAGCCCUUCAUACAAGAUGGGUGAAGACCACUAUGAAAAUCUCCAAGCCACACCACUCAUUCAGCCGGGAAAACAAGCAUGUAGUACUCCUAAGACAGCCUUUAAGCCCCAGGGUACUGUUUUGCCUAUAGCAAAAGUACCGGCCUCUACAGUGACCACUACAGAAGCCCAACACGAAGCAGUUACUGAUCAGACAAUUAUUUCUUUUCCAAAACCUCAGAAUAAAGCAGGAGAUUUUCAUUUAUCCAGAGAAGAGGAAAACAAUUCUGCUAAUGUCUCUGGAUCUGCGGCAACUGUUGUUCCACCUGUUUACAACUGUAACUGUUGUGCAAAAUCAUUCAAUGAUAGGGUGUUGCUCAGUAGUCAUCUCCAGCUCCAUUCAGAGCAUCAGGAAGGCUUUGUAUGCAAAUACUGCAGCAAACCAUUUGCAAAUCUAAAUAUACUGGAAAGUCAUGAGCAAGUCUGCAUGAGAUCAGGUAACUUAGCGGUGCACAAUGGAAACGAACAAAAUUUUGCAGAUAACUAUACUGCUACAGAUGGAAGGAAUGGAAGUUCAUAUGCAAAUGCAGAGCCUCUAUUGUCUGAAAACAGCAUCACUGAUUAUUCUAAUGCAAACUGCACUUUACCAGAAACCGAUCAUUUGGUUAAAGUCGUUGAUGGGCAGAUAUUAUAUACAUGCAUCGUUUGCAAGCGCAGUUACGUAACGUUGUCUAGCCUUCGAAGACAUGCAAAUGUUCAUUCAUGGAGAAGAACAUAUCCUUGUCACUACUGCAAUAAAGUAUUUGCAUUAGCUGAGUAUCGUACCAGACAUGAGAUCUGGCACACUGGAGAAAGACGAUAUCAGUGCAUUUUCUGUCUGGAGACUUUUAUGACUUAUUAUAUACUAAAAAAUCAUCAGAAGUCUUUCCACGCAAUUGAUCAUCGUCUCUCAGUAAAUAAAAAGACCGCCAAUGGAGGCUUAAAACCAAGUAUGUACCCAUACAAACUUUAUCGACUUUUACCUAUGAAAUGCAGGCGACUACCUUAUAAGUCCUACCGAAAUUCUUCAUAUGAAAAUGUUCAAACAAGUAGCCAGGUUAAUGAAACUGCUUCUACUAACUGUUUCAUUCCGAGUUCUCUUAGCUCUGAGCUACCGCCACUGAAUUUUCAAAGUAAUAUAAUAGCAAACAACAGAACUCUUGCCUUGGAUACAUCUUCAUGUAAUGAUACAGCAUCUUCCACGAAUACUCAGAAUUCUUCCUCUUGGGGAGUAGGUAUCUUAAAUUCUGACCUGCAAAGGGACUUCUUCACAGCUGAAAAAAGAGUUUCCCCUGCUGCAAAUGACUCUGGUUCUCAGGAAUGUGAUUCCUCAGUUGUGUCUUUAACUAAUGCGAAUGAAAAUUCAACCUCUGUCAUCAGUUACAGCAGUUCUGCACCCUCUGUUAUAAUGCACAGUAGCAGAGUUUCAUCAGUAAUAAUGCACAGUAAAACAGUCACGUCUGUAGAAAACAGUAAGACAGAAUCAUCAAAUAAUCUACCUAGUCAGGCUGUGAAUAAUGAUUGUAAAUAUGGGUCAGAUAAUUAUGGGAAGUGCAUUACAAAAUCAAAAACUAUUAAGGAGAAAAAGAAAACACCGCUGUACAACAGAGCAGAAGCAACUGAGGAUAUGCAGCACAUCACAGGAUCUGGAGGUUCAUGUAGCAAAACAACAAAUACUGUCCAAGAAUCAAGUAAAACUGAAACGUACAUUGCAAAGCCUGCCUUGCCUGGAACAUCUACAGACAGCAAUGUUGCGCCUCUUUGUCAAAUAACAGUAAAAAUUGGUAAUGAGGCUAUUGUAAAAAGACAUAUAUUAGGAUCUAAGCUGUUUUGUAAAAGGGGUCGAAAAUCUAAACAUGAGUCCAAACAGGACAAUCUAAUUGAGGAACCAGAAAUGGAAAUAAAAGAAAGAAGCCCAUCUAGGCUCUAUAGCUCAGAAUGCCUGGAGCUGACAGAAAUGUGUGAUGAUGUAAGUGACCAGGACUCCAGUGAUAAACCCUGGAGACCCUAUUAUAAUUACAAACCAAAAAAGAAAUCCAAACAGCUAAGAAAAAUGAAAAAGACCAAAUGGAGGAAAAAGCACGGAAGCAAGAGCGCCAUUAUGGAAAGCCACAACACAUGCAGUCGAGAGUACGCACUCAGGAACGCUCCUGAGGAAAAGGUCAUCAAUCAGGAAGAGAACGCGGAAAUGCCUAAUCUUCAUUGUGAGCUCUGUGAAAGGGAUCCAUCUUCCACUGCAGAAAUUCAAGAACACGUACACUGGCAUGCAGCUGCUUCAAAGCCUUACAUUUGUGAGUUAUGCCAAAAACAAUUUCAGAGUCCAUCCACUUUAAAAAUGCAUAUGAGGUGUCACACUGGGGAAAAGCCCUACACUUGCAAAACCUGUGGUAAAUGUUUCUCAAUUCCUGGAAAUCUACAGAAACAUGAACGUAUUCACCUGGGUGUCAAAGACUUUGUCUGCCAAUACUGUAAUAAGGCGUUCACCUUAAAUGAAACACUCAAAAUACAUGAAAGAAUUCACACUGGAGAAAAACGCUACCACUGUCAGUUCUGCUUUCAGAGCUUCUUGUACCUUUCUACCAAAAGGAACCAUGAGCAAAGACAUGUACGUGAGCAUAAUGGAAAGGGAUACGCUUGCUUUCAGUGCCCCAAAAUUUGCAAGACGGCAGCUGCCCUGGGAAUGCACCAGAAGAAACAUCUGUUCAAAAGUGCAGGUCCACAAGAUAGAAAAGAACAGUUUUGCAAUGAGAGCACUAAACUUUUGGAAAAUCCGAAUUUUCUUGGCUCAGAAGGAAGCGAAGUAAAAAAUAUACAAAAUGUAACUCCAGAAGUUAUACUCUGAGUGACAGCUGUGCAAAAGAGAAGAAAAAUCCAAAACUAUAUAUUGGAGAAAAUACUGAUGCAUUGAACAGGGAAACGCCUCCACUCAAAUUAGUAUCAUUUAUUAAGAUCAAAUUUCUUCAUCUAAAUGUGUCAAUAUAUGCAAAAGAAGGAAAAAUAACACAGAAAAGAAAUACGAGUAUUUGCAAUAAUACAAACUUAAUGUGAAAGAUCCAAAAUACUUUUGCCACAAUAGACUUCUAACAUACGGAGAGAAAGAAAAAAGAAAAAAAUAUGACCAACCAAACCCCUUCUACUUAGCAUUACAGGAAACUAGUCACUGAACUAUUUUACAGUGCUGUUUUUGAGUCAGAAUCAUUCUAGGCAAAAUACAUGUGUAGGUUCACCGUGUACUCUAUAGAAGGAAGUUUUGCUGCAGAAACCAUAUAUUGCAUUUUUUAACAAAAAGUAAUGUGUUUAUAAACAAAAUAAUUGUAAUUUAAUGUAUUCUGAAGUGAAGUUGGGAAAUGUUUCAUGAACUUGGGUAUGCUGAAGUACAGUUGAGUUCUGGCGUGCUUUUCUGUAACUCAACAUUUACAAAACAUAUUCAGGAGUUUAAACCUCUUUUACUUUCCAUAUUCAGUUUUGUAGUUACCGUAAUAACCAUUAAGUCUGAGUGCUUGUGUGGAAAGUAUUCCAGAUUUAUGAUAUCUCUGAGACAUUUAAUAAAGAAUCAGUGGAACUCACAAUAGCCAGUCUUCCAAACUGCCGAAGUCCCCAUGUCAAUGGCCAGGUAGAGCUAUUCAGGUGCAUUUGUCUAAAGAAACUUGUUCCCAUGAAAUAGCCUAGCUUAAUGAAAUCCUAUAUAUAAAUGUCCACCUCCUGGUGGGUCUGCAAGUCCUGUCUUUUAGAAAUACCAUUCUUCUGAGGCAAAGAGGAGGAGAGUCUUCCUCCUCAUCCUGGAGUAAUGCCUAGACAAUGAACGCCAGAGCAACUCCCAAUAAACGCUUUGAUGUGGGGAGGAGUAUGUAAAUACUCAGAUUCUUGCUUCCAUAUAUAUCCUUGAGGCAGUCCCUAUGGGUAAACCAGGAUAGGGCCAGUUUUGGGGGUUCCCUGUCAUCCCCAGGCCUUAAAUCCAACAUCUAACCUUUGUAUGUUCCUUCUUUGUGAUGUCCCUAACCAUGCCAGCAUCUCGCCCCAGGCAUGCUUCGUCCCUUGGCCCAGCACCAUGGGCCCAUAGCGGAGAGGUGCCUGGAAGGGGCUGCUGGAGGAAGAAGCAUUGGCCUUUCUGCCUCCCUCAUCCUGCCAGGCUGAAGGGUUAUGGUGAGCCCUAUGGCUUCACAGUUUGCUCAGAAUUGGGAGAACAGGCUUCUGAAAGACAUCACCAGAAUAUUACAAUUAGUAGUAUUUUGUGAAAAUGUGAUUAACUUUAAUUAAGAGAUUUCAAAAAAGUCAAAGGGGGUGUAUGUGUAAAAGUUGCAGUUUAUAUGGUAGGGCCCUGUUGUACUCUAUCUGCAUUUCCAGUUAGUCAUGUAUGUUCAUCUCUAUGAAGUGUUAAAAAAUUAAGUCAGGACAAAGGUUAGUGAACCUUAACUUCAUUCUAUGUGCAAAUAUGGUACACAGUUUGUUUUUUACUUUGUCUUCUUGAGUAUUUUAAAAGAAAUUAUAGCUUGGGUACAAUAAAAUUACAAUGAAAUGAUAAUACAGUAUUGAUUGAAGUAAUAAUAUAGCCCACUUAUUUAUUCUAUCAUUGGUGAAUGCUAUGAACCCCUUGGGUACAAUAAAACUACAAUUGAAAUGAUAACACAGUAUUGAUUGAAGUAAUACUAUAGUCCACUUAUUUAUUCUGUCAUUGGUGAAUGCUAUGAACCCCUUGGGAAAUUUUGGUUUCAUGGCAGCUUUGGUUCCAUUUAAGUAAGGAUAAUAGAAGAACAAACACAGGAAAGUACCAUGUUUCCCAGAAAGUACACAAAGAUGACUUCUAAGUGGACUUGUAUGAUGAUAAUUAUAGACCAAAGCAAAUAAGGUAGAAUAUUUAUAAAUAUAAAGAUAAUUUUACAAAUAUUUUCUAUAACUGUAUCGUUCAUAAGAAAAAUAUUGAUAGCUUGUGUUAGGUUUGGGGGGGUUUGUAUAUUUUGAUAAAAACACAAUGACUUUGUAACUCUGUAUAUUCUCUACAGUUUAUAGCAAAGCAGUUUUAAGAUGGCAAUGUCAUGUUUAUAGUUCAAUUGUGGCACUUUUACUACAAGUAACACGUUGCAGUAAUGAGUCAAGUAUUAAUGACCAAAUUAGAAUUAACGUAAGUAUAAAAGAAGGUAAAUACUAUACGUUGUCAAAGACUGUAAUUUGCUACAUAAUCGCAUCUGUAUUUUUGUUUAGAAGAAAAUAUUAAAUGCAGAUGUUAAGGAUUGAUAAAGAGUCUAAUUUUAUUUUUAGAAAGAGUGAUUAUAACUCUGUUUUUGCCUAAUUAAAAUAACAUCUUCCUA